AUGAUCGACCCGACAGAUAUCGCGACGCUCUUGUCCGAGUACCUCCAGACGGUCUGUGGACCUACGCAAUUCAUGGGCGAGAUCGACGACGGCAACGAGGACGCCACGCUCGGGUUGAACACGCUCCAACGAGCCUUCAGAGGCAGCUCCAGCUCCUGGGCGAAAAAGGGCGACGGCGCUGUGAUCAUCAACUUCUCUAGCUCCGAUACGGAAGACGUGACGGUCAACAUCAUGUCGGGCGGCGACAAGAUCGACGAAGUGGAACGCGACGUGGAGACGUUGUACCUGGAUCGCUGGCGGCCAGGAUUUCUCGGACUUCCCGGCACAGGAGGCGGGUCGUUGGUGCUGUGGGUACCGAGGGCGUCGGAGGGGGGGGGCACCUAG